AUGCCGAUGGUAAUUGUUCUCUUAUUUUUCUUUAUUACAAAAAACGUGUUGUUAAAACCAAUUGAAACUAAUAAAGAUGCACUAACAUAUUUAACUCAACUAGGCUACAAUCAAAAUCAAUGUAAUUCGACAUCGAAAUUACCCUGCAGUCUAAGUACGUCAUCAAGUAUACGUGAAUAUCAAAAAGCCUUUGGUUUAAAAGAAACUGGUCAACUUGAUAAAUCAACAAAAGAAUUGUUAAAUAAACCAAGAUGUGGUAAUAGUGAUACACCUCAUGCAUCAAAAUUAUCGAAGUUAGCAUCGAUGAAUUCUAAAUGGAAAAAAAAACAUUUAAAAUGGGUUCUACGCAGUAGAUCAUCGCACAUCUCAGAAGAACAAACAAUACAAAUUAUUCAUGAAGCAUUUGAAGCAUGGACAAAGCAUACACCAUUAAGUAUUGAAAGAGUUUGUACCAACUGUGAAGCUGAUGUUGUCUUUGAUUUUGCUCAUGGUGAUCAUCAUGAUGGCGCUCCAUUUGAUGGUCCAGGUCGAACAUUGGCUCAUGCAUUUUUUCCAGAAGAUGGACGAAUUCAUUUUGAUGCAUCUGAAAAAUGGACCGAAAAGUAA